AUGAGUGCUUCUACCAUUCUUGCAGCUCGUCUGCUCAUGGUGCUGGAGGUUUAUGGCCAAAACACCAUUUACAGUGGCUCCGGGUUCGGAACCUACUACUAUGAUGUUCAGGAGAUAGAUGCCUGCGGCACUAGCUUUGAAUAUCAGAAUAUGGGUGGUGUUCACUGUAGUUUAGAGACGACUCUGAGCUUGACUCAGAUCAACUCGAACUAUUUGGUUGCUAUGAACAAUACGCAACUGUCGUCGGACAUGCCCCUAUACUGUGGCAAGAAAGUCAUUGUCUCAGUUAACGGCCAACCCUCUGAUCUGCCGCUCUUCAUCGGUGAUGGCUGCGAGCGCUGCGGUACUGGUUCCGCAACCGCCACUUCCUGGGAUACGGCAGGCGCGCCUGGUUUGGACUUCAGUUACGAAGUCCUCAAUGAGCUAUCGCAAGGAGCCGCUUGUGCUGAAGGUCACAUCGAUAUUUCCUGGGAAAUUGUUGACGAGACUCUCUAUGACUUCGAUAGUACCGGCUCAGGACUUGCACAGGGACCUGUCUCGAGCCCUGUCCCUGGUAGUCAGGCUAGCUCUCCUACCACCUCAUCUCCUACUUCAACUCUAGCGACUUCCAUAGUCGAAAUUCCUACCGAAACGACGGGGAAUUCGACCCAAUGUUCCGAUGCGACAUGGCAAUGCAAUGGCAAUGUCCUGGAGCAAUGCUACAACGAAGUCUGGAACCCAAGAGCUACAUGCGUCAGCGGUAUGACUUGCCAGGGUGAUUCGAACCCUUACUGUACCUUCCCAUCACCAGCCUAG